GGGAUGCCAUCAACGGGCUGGACCCGAAGACGGCGAAUACGACGACGACGACGACGACGACGACGACGGCGACGAAGACUGCUACAAUGGCGACGUGUGCGACGGCGCAGCCUCCUCCCCCGGCGGCGGCGGCCGCGCCGAGUCAGACAGCCGCGCCGGGGGAGGACAACGAGGCGGGCGAAGCCAAGGCGGCGAAGCAGGAGGCGCGGGACCAGGCCAAGAAAAGCGGACCGCUGGAGGCGAUCCUGCACAUGGGCCCGCCCGAGAAGGCGGCGGCGGCGGCGGCGGGCGCGGGGCAGCGGCCGCACAUGGCGCCGCCGCCGUACGUGCACCACUUUGACAGCUACUCGCUCGUCAAGGACCUCGAGCGCGGCGGGUACAGCAAGGAGCAGGCCAUCACGCUGAUGAAGGCGAUCCGGGCGAUCCUGGCGCAGAACCUGGACGUCGCGCAGGAGAGCCUCGUGAGCAAGAGCGACGUCGAGAAUGAGACGUACCUCUUCCGAGCGGCAUGCUCGGAGCUGAGCACCGAGGUCAAGAACAACCAGAAGCUGGCGGACGAGGAGAUGCGGCAGAAGCGGACGCUGCUGCAGCACGAGGUGGACAUCCUUGCGCAGAGCCUCAACCAGGAGCUGCUGACGCUCAACGACAACGUCCGCGGCAUGUUCAACGACCGCAAGAUGGCGGUGCGGGAGGAGCAGAAGGCCGGCGACAGCGUGAUCCAGCAGAUCAACUACAAGAUCAGCCUGCACCUCAGCAGCGACGCCAAGUCGGAGAUCGAGGGCCUGCGGUGGAUCCUGAUCCGGCGGUCCGUCAUCGGGAUCCUGUUCAUGGCGGUGCUGACGCUGGGGACGCUGCGGUACGGCACGUACGUGAGCCACGCGCGGCAGGCCGAGGCGGAGCGCAUCAAGAAGCAGGCCGAGAUGCUCAAGAUGGCCGACGGCAAGCGGGACCACAGCUCGGCGCCGGACGCGGCGGAGAUUUUGGCGGCGAACUGAAAGGGGCCAGGUCCCGGGGCCAGGUCCCAGGGCCGCAACGGCCGCAAGGGGGGAGGGGUGGCAAGCGGGAGGGCGGGCGUCAGAAAAGACCGGGUUUCGGCACGCGUUGUUGGGAUGAUGAUACCCCAUAGACAGACCAUAGACGGGACGGGGCGGCGGCAAGGAUAGACUACGGUACUAAAAGGAAAAAAAGAUGGUUCCUUUCUGUCGGAAGGACUAUAGAUGAGGUUGAUGCAUCAACAAGACUGUUCUUUAGAGGCAUGUAAAGGCAUGAAUUCUCUAAGUCUAGCU